ACAACCAUGCACGCUAGGGAUUGGUUAUUGGCUUUCAUUGGGGUGUUUUUACCGUUUGUUCCAGUUGGCAUCAAACGUGGUAUCUGUUCUGCAGACUUUUGGAUCAACAUUGCACUAUGUUUCCUUGGCUUUUUGCCAGCUCUGAUACAUUGCUGGUAUAUCAUAUCUUGCUAUCCGCAUGAUACCCAUACGAGGUAUACUGGAGUCACGCUACCUGGACGCGAACAACAGAACUAUGGCAGCGUUUGACCUAGGUUCUAGUUCAUGAAGGGACACUCGAAAGGGUGGUCUUAAAUAACUUUGUGUAUGUGGGGG